AUGAUUCCUGGAAUCACAUCUACUCUUAUUUUUGCCGCAGCCUGUGCCUCUGCAGGCAUCACUGUUCUUAUCGGCAAUGAUCUUGGUAACUGUGCUCAGAAUUACUGUACGGAGUUUGAGACUGCUACAGCUAUGGCGUUUCUUAGCUGGUUCACUGCGUUACCCUCAUUUUUAUUGAACUUUUGGUCAUUGGCAUCCCGAUGACAAGCAACAAUUGAAUAUUGAAAUUUCAUGUAAAAGAAGGUAUGCUUUUAUUGUCUCUCUUUCACUCUGCAAUUUUAAAAUGCAAAACUUGGUUGCAUUGGUGCUGCCAUAUGAGUAUAUAUAACAUAUGUAAAUUUGUCGUAGAUAUUGCUCCAAUGCAAAAGCUGUUGAUUUGGG